UUGUAAGUUUAUUAAAAUCACUCACAAGGAAGUGAAGGGGCACUGGAACAUACAUAUAACAUGACAAUUGUAAAAUCAUAGAUUCACCCGGCAAAAAGGAAUAAUUGAAUUUCAAAAUUGUCCGAGCCUCUGCUUUGCAGACAUUAAAGACUGCAAAUUUCAAUCAUUCAUGAAUUCUGAUCGUCCCCUGGAUUUUUCUUCUCUGACUCCAUCUCUUUGCCUUGUUUUCACUGCUCCUCCAAUCUUCCCCUCACAAAAAGAACAAACCUCACCUUCAUCCCUGUGUUCACCUGAAUAAUUAUUUAUAUAUUUACUCAGAGAUACAGCACGGUAAUAAGCCCUUCCGACUCAAUGAGCCUGUGCCACCCAAUUACGCAUGUGUGACCAAUUAACCUACUAACCCAUAUGUCUUUGGAAUGUGGGAGGAAACCCACGCCAACAGGGGGAGAACAUAAAGACUCCUUAAGACAGUAGCAGAAUUGAGUGCUGGUCACUGGCACUGUAGUAGUUUUAUACUAACCACUAAACUAAAUGCCGUCCCAGGAACACUAGAGAUUGUGGGCUCAGUCAUGUUGCGCUCUUCUGCUGCCUUCGCCCCUGUGACAGCACCUUGGACUAUCACUCAAGACUAUGGAUCCUCUCGCUGUUCUUCAGCUUUAUACUCUAUUUAGACGCUCUAAUGACAUUAAUGGAUCUACUUAUUGCUGUUGUGACACUUAUCCUAUCAAUUCAUUCCUGCCCUAGGUCAUUCUAACCUACUUACCUCUGAACUUGCAGCAUUCCUCUCAUGAGAGACUGAUACCAGUAGCUGAUAAAGGUUGUGGCACUGUGGUUUUGUGAGCUGACCUCUAUCUUAGGGGGCUGAACACCAGCUCUCUUAGACCUCCUUCUGCCUUCAUCUGGUCCACAAUCACACUUCUGAAUUUUGAUAUUGGUUCCUCUGGUGAUCAUUCCUGUAUGGCACCCAUCUUCCCAGUGCCCCAUUCCUGGACUUCUUCCUUGCCAAGUUCCACAGGCAGGGCUGUUCCAGUAAGGCCAUCAUUUCAAACUGUUUUUGUGCCAUGGAACUCAACUCUUCCCAUUCUUUCUUCCAUUGUUCAGCCUCUUCCUACUUACAUUCAUGACAUCUCUUCCAAUUUCCUGCUCACUUUCAUCAUGGACAUCCAAUUCUUCUACAUCUCUACUCCACACAAAACUGAUUUCAGAAUCAUUCCCCAUUCAGCACCAUCACCCUCAUUCAGCUGGCUUAACUUGUUCUCACAUUGAACAACUUUUCUUUUAACUCCACUCUCUUCCUUAAAAACAAAUAUAGCUAUGAGAAGCUAUGGUUUAAUGGAACCAUUCUUGCUUCCUACCCCAUUCCUCACCCCUUGACUGGUUUAUUGAGCAUUGUUGUUGCUUCCUGCACUAGUACAGAAUUCACUUUUGUGUCAGCUUUGCUAUCAGUUUCCAUCAAGCUCUCAAUUACACCUGGGCCAUCUCUGUCUCUUCCCUCUCCUCAGCUUCUCCGUCUCCAUCUUGGAGUAGGGGUGGAGGAGAGGUUGAAUUAGGAUGUUCAGAGGCCAAUAUGUGUAUUAUAUACUCACGGGCUCCCUUUGCUGUCCUGACUACACCACUUCCCAUCCUGCUUUGUGAGGACUCCAUUUCAAUGUAUAACUUCCCUAGGUAGAGUGGACAUGGAGAGGAUGUUUCUUAUCAUGUGGGAGCCUGGGAACAGCAGGCACAGCCUCAGAAUAGAAGGACGUCCUGUUAGAACUGAAAGAUUUUUAGCCGGGGGUGAUGAAUCUGGGGAAUUCAUUGCCACUGAUAACUAUGGAGACCAAGUCAUUGGGUAUAUUUAAAGCAGAGGUUUGAUAGUCCUUGAUGAGUAAGGGCAUCAAAAGUUACAGGGAGGACAUAAGAAAAUGAAGCCAUGGAGGAACGGUGGAGCAGACUUGACAGGCUGAAUGGCCAAAUUCUACUUCAAUGUCUUGUGGUCUGAAUUCCACUUGUUUGCUCAUUUCUCUACUUCCUUCACAUCUCUUUUGAUGAUGAUAUCACUAAUGCUUCUCAGAUGCUGUCUUUUUUACAUUAUGAUUUUCCUCCAUAAUCACUUCAAUUCCAACUAUUGUAAUCCACUUCUUCCACCCACAAUCCUUCUCCCUCUCUUGAGUGAAGAUAAGCUCCCCUUUUGCCUCAUCUCUCUCCUUGAAAGAGUCUAAAACCUUCUCUCCCCUGUUAUUGUUCCAUGGGAAAUCAUUCCCUCUAAAGCACCCUGAUUCACUUGUUCAUCUCCACCUAAACCAUACAACUGUAGGCACAUGUGCAAUUGGUAGAACUGUUACCAUACAGGUUUAAUUCUGACCUCUGGUACUAUAUUUGUGGAGUUUUCACAUCUAUGUUCAGCAGUUCCCUUACACAUCACAAAGCCAUACAGGUCAAUAGGUUAAGUGGCCUCUGUGAGAAGCCACAGUGUAUAGGGGAGAGGUGAAGAUGUGGGGCGAAUUAUUUAAAAAAUAAAUUUAAAGCAUUAUUUGAGUACAUGAGUGGUUGAUGUUUGGUGUAGAUUCAUUGGGCUGAAGAGUCUGUUUUUGAGCUGCAUCUCUGACUCUGAAAUGAAAUACCUUAUUUUUUAUCUCUUCCCACUCCACCAUACAAAGAAACAAAUAUCUGUUCCAGAUGAAUUCACUUGUACUGUAUUUAGUGUUCACAAUGUGGUUUGCCAUUUCAAUGCAGAAACCAAAUGCAGAUUGGACAUGCUGUUUUGCAGAACAACCUCAUUUAAUUCGCAAGGGAAUCUCUGAGCUUCCAGGUGCUAGUCAACUUUAAAUCUUAUUCCCAUUCCAACACUGAUCUUUCUGUCUCCUUCCUCUAACAGCUCCAAUGAAACAACGUUUCAUCUUCCCAUUAGGUAUGUACAAACUUUAGGACUCAAUGUCAAAUUAAUCAAUUUCAGAUAACAGCCUUUCCAGUUUGUGUCAGAAUGGUCGUUUGUCUGUAAUAUUGAAUCCAUUUCUUUCUCUCCACGGAUUGUGCUGAACUACUGAAUAUUUUCAGCAUUUUCUGAUUUUGUUUCAGACUUCUAAUCACUUCUCUUUUGUUUUAUUUUGCCAGAACGGGAUAUCUGCUGUGGAUUUAGUUUGUAACCAUAUGUUUUUUUUUCUCUCUAACAACUGUGGGGCAGAUAGGUGAAAUGCAUUUGCAGGGCAUGACUGGUCUAUACAUUGGCACAUGCAGCUCUUGCCCUUUCUGUGCAACAGCACUGACUUGCGCCAUUUCAAAGUUGUUCCGUUGCAUCAUUCUAACAUUCCUCACUGCUUUCAGUGCUGCAAGAAAAGAAUUAUUUCAUCAAUGAUGAAGAAACCUCAAAAAGUUUUACAUUUGAAUACACCUGCUUUCUCUGCUUUCCCUAGGCUCUAUCUUUUAUCCUUUGCUUCAUUUUCACAUCUUGACCAAGGGCUGUCAUCCUCAAAUGUUGAUCAUCAUUUCUCUCUCCACGUGCUGCCCACCCUACUGAGUGUUUAAGAAUCAGGUGUAUUAUCAUUGUCUUAUAUGAUGUGAAAUGUGUUGUUUGGUGGCAACAGUACAGAGUAAAGAUAUAAAGUUACCAUAAAUUACAAAAUAAAUUAAUAGUGCAUAGAAAAGGAAUGAUAUCGGGUUCUUGGACCGUUGGUAAAUCUGCUGAUGGACGGGGAAGCAGCUGUUUCAGGAUUGUUUUGUGUGGGUCUCUGAGCUGCUGUAUCUCCUCCCCGAUGGUAGUAAUGAGAAGACGACAACAUGUCCUGGAUGAUGAUGGUCCUUAAUGAUGGAUGCUGCCUUCUUGAAGCACCGCCUCUUGAAAGUAUUCUCGGUGGUGGGGAGGGUUGUGCCCACAAUGGAGCUAGCUGAGUCUACGACCUUGCUUUAUAUCAGAAACUGCACUUUUUAAAAGUUACUGACUUUAUUUUCUUUUAGGACUGUAACACUUUGAACGUGCUGCUGAUACUUUUACAACAAAUUAUGGUCCUGAAAGACGGAGACGUCUGUCUUCAACACCUGAGAGAAAGUGAUACUGCCAACACAAGAACAUUCCCUGACAAACAGCUGACAGCACGCACUGUACCACCCUGAUCAGUGAAGAGAAAGAGCAUCUUUUCCUCAGCCCACUGACACUCGGCGGCAGACUGUUCUGUGGGAUGGCAUUUUUUGGGAGCUCCUCACGGGGAGGGAGGUGCUUGGUGGAGUUUAUACAGGUGGCCAGCGGUGAACAAGCUACCACGGCCACGUUUGCUCUGAUGUUUGGAGACCCGGCUCAAUCUGCCCUCCGCUGUUGACUGCGACGCUCAGUACUAAAUGAACGCCAGCAUGUUAACGCUCUUCUAAGUUGGAGCCUGAAAGCUCUGCUCGGUGUUACCUCGUUUAGUAUCGCUGGUCUUUCCGGAGCACGGGAGAAAGAAGGGGAUUGAGGUGGGCUGGGAGCAAGAGAGGGAGGAGAGUGGGGGAGGGAAAGAGGGGAGAGAGAGAGAGGAGGAGGAGGAAAGGAUAAGGAUAGGGGGUCAGUGGUCCAACAGAAGAAGAUGAAGGCAGCGGCAGCUCUCCUCGUGUUUUCUGCAUGGGGCAAGGAGUGAAGGGUGGGGGGGAGAGGAGGAGGAGUAGGGAAGUGGAGCCGUUCGCAAUGCUCAGCACGGCCUAGAUCGGCCAGCGUCAAGGACCCGGCUUGUCAGUCGGCUCCCGGUGUCAUGUCGUUCGGGAGCUUUGGCGCCAUGAGCGAGCGGCGGGCCGGCUUCACGCUGAGGGGUUAGAGAGAAAGUGUGAGGGGGAGGUGGGAGGUUUCGUCACCAAAGUGGCCAAGCAUCCUCCACAGUCCCCUCACCCACCUCGGAACUUUGUGUCUGUGUGGAAAGACAGCGAGAGAGAGAGAGGGAGAGAGCUGUUUGUUUGACCAAGUAUUCAAUAGAGGAAGGGGUGGAGGAGAGAGGAGGGUGGGGGGAAGGGAGAGAGAGAAAAAAACUUUCUACCAACAUACUAGAGGAGACGAUGGCAUCACGGCUGCAGCCCGCUUCGCCCCGGAGUAAAGCAAGCACUGAUCCCGACAGGGGAGGAGGGGAACGCAAUGGUUACGUGCGGGGCUGUGUGAGCCCUCUGCGCCGGGACCGGGGCUGCCCGGUGGCGUGGGGCGGACUGGCGGGCAGCGGCCGCCUGCUGUCUUCGGCCGCCGGGGUCGCCUCGCUGUCCGUGCUGCUGGGCGCUCUGCUGCGCUGGCUGGAUGCCGGCGGCGGGCUGCUGACCCUGCUGCACUCCGCGCUGCCCCUCUUCAGCCUGAUGAGCGCUUUCUUCUGGCUGACCCUCUACCUGACCGGCUGCGGCAGGGGUGAACUCGCCCCCCGGCUGCUGGCCGCCUGCUCGCUGGCCGAGACUCUGCUGCAGGCGCUGCUGGUGGGCGAGGAGCAGCUGCUGUCGUUCGGAGCCACCGCCGUGCUGCUGAGCUGCCUGGCCGCUGCCACCCUCAUGGUCUUGCGGGUGAGCCAGGGUGUGUGCACCAUCCUCUUCACCAGCCUGUUGAGGACCGUGUCGUUGCUCUCCCUGGAGCGAGUGCGGGCCAGUUGGAGACCCUUCCUGGCUUACUUGAUGGGCAUACUGGGAGUGAUGCUGGCCAGGUACGCCGUGCGCAUCUUGCCCCAGGGAGUGCCGCCGGCAGCCGCCGAGGACAAAGUUCCCAUCAUCAAGCGAAGGAGGAGAUCCAGUUCGGUUAUUGCUGCCGAAAUGCCUAAUACUCAACUGGGCUCUAAGCCGCACCGCAGGACAUCGCUACCAUGCAUUCAAAGGGACCAGGUCUUUUCACACUCUGAAUGGGAUCAUAAGCGUGCCUACAGAGGAUCACAGGAUCUGGACUUAACGGGCAAGGCCAUCUUUCAUUGCCCAUCUCUUCAUGCCUUUGAGAAGAUGGUGUCUUCAGGCACUAGUGUCACCGUCGAUAUAGCUGUGAUGGGUGAAGCUCAUGGACUAAUUACAGACCUGUUGGCUGAACCUUCAUUGCCUCCCAAUGUCAGUACCUCCUUGAGAGCUGUCAGCAAUCUGCUCAGCACCCAGCUGACCUUUCAGCCCAUCCACAAGCCAAGAAUAAAUCCACUGGUGUCGUUCAGCGAGUCCUCCAUUUGUUCUGAUGGUGAAGAAUGCCAAGGAGAGAAACUUGCUAUCCCAAAGCGACUGAGGAGAAGUCUGCCCCCAGGGCUGUUAAGACGCAUUUCAUCCACAUGGACAACAACAACUUCUGCCACCGGUCUACCUACUGUGGAGCCAGGACCUGUCAGGAGAGACCGCAGUUCAAGCAUCAAACCCACUCAUGAGGCUUCACUGGGCAGUUCUUGUAGUCAAGAGUCUUACAACUGCACCUCCUCAGUAUUGCUGACUAUUUCCAAAAGCAGAUCCUUCUCAGCCUCCCAUGCUAUCGCCACAACUAACCAUAUGAAUGCCAAAAGGCAAAUGCGACAAGGUUAUUCUUCAAACAUCACACCUCUCACCUCCCCAUGCCAUUCACCAAUCCAGGGGACUCCUGCUGGUAGUCCCACUAGCAAAACUUCUACCAUUGAAUUUCCAGACACUGCAGAUAUAAUCACCAAACCAGGCCGCAAUCCGCAUAAGCCUUUAACGUACACUCAGAGUGCACCAGAUGUUGCAGGGCAGUUUAGGAGCAACUGCGUUGUUUGCAGUAGUUGUGGUCGGCCAUUCAGCAAGCUGACACACUCGGAAAGCAUGGGGGGAAGAGUGGAGACCACACUGCACCGGACAGAUGACCCUGCUCAAGCAACCUCUGACUAUGACAGCACCCAUGAGACGAAUAAUAGUGAUAGCAGUGACAUCACGCAGAAUGACGACGAUCAGGAAUCCUCUGCAAAAGGCUUAGAACAAUCUCUCAAAGAAUCUGACUGCAGACUCUACAGACCAGAGGACAUCACGUUACAGCACUUGAUUCCAGCCGAGGAGAAAGCAAUCCUUGCUCCAGAACCUCUUCUAAUGGAAGAUCUGGAGCUGAUAUUUACACAACUCAACAACUGGAAUUUUCCCAUCUUUGACCUCAUGGAGAUGACAGGCUCAAAAUGUGGCCGGAUACUUAGCCAGGUAGCAUUCAGACUGUUUGAAGACACUGGGCUUUUUCAAAUAUUUAAAAUCCCAUUAAAAGAGUUCAUGAACUACUUUCAUGCAUUAGAAAACGGGUACAGAGAUAUACCCUAUCACAAUCGCAUACACGCCACAGAUGUGAUGCAUGCAGUCUGGUACCUCACCACACAACCUGUCCCAGGACUGCAGACAAUAAUCAGUGAUCAUGGCUCAAUGAGUGAUUCAGGUAGAACUUUUCAAAAUUCAGACAGUGGAAUCACUCAUGGACACAUGGGAUUCGCCAUAUCAAAAACGUACAGUGUGACAGAGGACAGAUAUGGCUGUGUUAUUGCCAAUGUCCCAGCCUUGGAGUUGAUGGCCCUUUACGUUGCUGCAGCCAUGCAUGAUUAUGAUCACCCAGGAAGAACUAAUGCCUUUCUGGUGGCGACCAGUGCACCACAGGCUGUUCUCUACAAUGACCGUUCAGUGCUGGAGAACCAUCAUGCUGCCUCAGCAUGGAACCUGUUCAUGUCACAGCAGGAGUACAACUUUCUGGUCAACUUGGAUCACGUUGAAUUCAAGCGAUUCCGAUUUCUUGUCAUCGAGGCCAUAUUGGCCACAGAUCUCAAGAAACACUUCGAUUUUCUUGCAGAGUUCAAUGCAAAGGUGAACGAGGAAGUGGGACCGGGUAUUGACUGGGCAAAUGAAAAUGAUCGCUUGCUGGUUUGUCAAAUGUGCAUUAAGCUCGCUGACAUCAAUGGGCCUGCCAAGUGCAAGGAGCUUCAUUUAAGAUGGACAGAAGGGAUUGUUAAUGAGUUUUAUGAGCAGGGGGAUGAGGAAUCGAGUCUUGGACUUCCCAUCAGUCCAUUUAUGGACCGCUCAUCCCCACAGCUGGCUAAACUUCAGGAAUCAUUCAUCACCCAUAUUGUGGGACCACUUUGCAACUCCUACAACUCAGCAGGCUUAAUACCAGGUAGAUGGGUGGAGGAUAACGAGGAAGAAGAGGAGGAGGAGGAUGAAGAAGAAGCAGAAACAACAGAAGAGGAGGGUGCAUUGGAAACAACUACAAAACGGGAACGGCACAGGAAGCAAAGGAAGGUCUUCUGUCAGAUCAUGCAGCACCUAAUGGAAAAUCAUGAAAUGUGGAAGAAGGUCAUCGAAGAGGAACAGGAGGAGCGUAGGAAAACAGACCUCGAGAAGCAAGAGCAGUCCUCCCUGCUUCAAAGCUCAGAGACAAUCCAGGCGAUCACUGAGGAGGAGGAGGACAAGGAAGAGAAGAAUCUUGAAGAAUCAGAGGGGAAGUCUGUGAAAACCAGUUCAGUCACAAACCUAACCCAGGAGACUUUAGAAGAUAAAAGUGACUGAAUGUGUACUGACCUUUUCUUUGUUCCCAGCACACUUUGACACAAUACUGUAGAUGUAUAGGGCAAUGUGCCUGCAGCUGAUAUGGUAUAAUAUUGCCAUGAACUGCAGCCAGAUAUAAAUGAACACCCUGAAUGAGGAAGCCUCUAUAUCGCACCACUGGCUGACUUGGACUUUAAACACAAUUGCUACCAAUACGAUUAUGGUGCACUUUUUCAUUGAUAUGUCUUGUUUAAUAUUGCUUGAUGCACACGUCUGUAAAAAGAAACACACUCACUUGCUAUGCAACAGCAGUGAGUAUCAAAUGAAGGAGGACAUAUUUCUAAAGCAUAUGCUACGGUACUCUAUCCGUAACUUUUGCUCCACUUUUGGGUGAAAGUUGAUAGCUUUAUCAGAAUUCUGAUACAGCCCGAUAAUACUUAUUGUGUAUAUAACCUUGUGGCUCACCAGCUCUGUAUAAGCAAUCUCUUGAAGCAUAGCUGUAGUACUUGUACAUUGCAAACACCACCAUGAACAAAUGUUUUAGGAAAAGCCUAACAGAUCCAUGAUGGGCCAUUUCACUUUAUAAAAAAGCACCUGCUACAAGCCAAACUUCUAGUCAAGAAUUUAUAUCCAUUUUGAAUAUUUUUAUUGUUUAUUUUACAUUCAAUGAUAAUUAUUUGCAGAAAACAACAGUUUAUUGUAGAUACAAAGAACAUUUUCUAUUGGCUUUUGUAAAUAGCAAGCUCUUAACCCAGUUUUUUGUGAUUUUGUAAAGAUGGCUAUGAAGACUUCACACUUAAAAAGACAUUCUUAUGAUAUUGACAGAACUUAGUACAUUCUUAUAUAACACAACACGAUAAAGUAGAUACAAGUUGCGGCAAAUAGUUAAUUUUAAAAGAUGAUCUUUAUUUGGAUUAUUUUUGCUGCAAGGGUAAUCCUUAAGAAAUUGUUUACUACUGAUAGGACCGAGGUGAUUGACAAGAAAAUUAGACAGUACCACCUCAGAUUUUCUGAGGCCCAUGUAUCUUCAUAUUUUAGACACUGUGUGAGAGUUGGUGGUGAUAAGGAUUACAGUGAAUCAUAGAAUGUUUCCUUCAACACCUUGAGUCAUAUAAGACUGAAGCAUUGGACAAUCAACCAGACAGUCUAAUUUUCUAAGACUUGAUCUAAUUCUACACCUUGGGUCAAUGGGCACGUUAUCAUGGUGGUUAUGUUCCUAGCCCAACAAUCCAGUCACAUGAAGCAAGGAUCUCCAGACAUUAAUUGGAGUCUCAUUACAGGGGAAUUAAACAGCUCUUAAAUCAGAUCUUAAUGCUGGUAAUAGAGGCUGGUAAAUUACAGAGUUUUGUGUUCUUUAAUUUCCUUUUGGGAAGAAAAUCUGACAUCCUUUCAUGGUCAGGCCACGUACAAUUCUAACAUGCGGCAGGAUGGUUUAUCCACAGCUGCGCUGUGAAAUAUCCCAGCAAAGUCUGUCAGGAAUGAGCAACAGAUGCUGAAUAUGCCUUUUAAUCCCCAAAAUUUGUUUUUCUUUAAUGUUCAAGAGCUCCUUUUUUCUGUUAAAAAUAAUUCUGUUUAACAUCUUUUUUUUUUUAGUUUGGGGUCAAAAUCAUUUUAAAUGUGAAGGAGUUUAAAUAAAUAUAAAAGGAAUCCAAUUUUCUCCAGCUGCCCACAUCUCACCCAAACUACAGGGGUUGAGGUCAAUUGCAAUUCAAUGCUGAGACUCAUACACUUUGACUCUUGGUGACAACUGAGGCAAAUGAAAUGAACUGAAGUAUGGAUUAGUCAAGGUAUAACUGAAUGAUAGAAAAGGUUCAUGGGGUUAAAUGGUCUCUCCCUGUUCUUUUGUACCUGAGCUAUAGGAUGUUAUGUACUAAUUUAAUCUUUAAAGGGUUAGUGUUUGUAAGUACAGUUAGCAUUGUUCUAAAUGUGAGCUGCAGUGCCUGACUGUUGCCCAGGAUGAUAAAAGGGAAGUCAAUCCUUACAAUUUCUAAAAUUAUUAGCAUAAGAUUGUACCAUAACUGAAAGUAUCUAACAUGGCCCAUGGAUUUGCACCACUCCUAGGAUAGAUAGUUUUAAAACAAAUACAGAGCCCUGUCUAAAUCUCUACAGUCUCCAGGUUAAUGACACAGCCUCCCACUGUAACUAGUGCUCUGCUCCAAAUCCUAUGCCAGCUCCUUGAAAUCUUUGCACUCUGACUGAUUCUAACAUAGGACUAUUCAUCUGUGCAUAUUUUUUCCUUAAUAAAGCUUCAACUUUUAAAUUGUUAUUGCGUGAUUAAAAGAAAGGAAUAUUGGAUAUAUUUCAAGAGCACAGGUUCUGUGUUCAUUUAUUAUACUGUUUACUUUCCCUAAUGUUCAUGGACUGCAGAAAGAUUAGUUAACAUAUAACGUCAUCAGAAUUUUGCAGCUUACAGAUCAUUUCAACAUCUGUUACAGUCCCACAUCACCAAUCUACUCAUUUUUUUAUGUUUUGUUGACCAAACAAAAUGAUUAAACAAGUCAUUUUGUUUUUGCACAAAACCUAGAUUUCUUUUCCAGAAUUUUAAACUUCUGCUCUCAAAAUGCUUUUAAAGUUGUUUGAAUCUUCACCACCACUCUUUUCAGUACUGAAUAACCUUUCAAAUAUCAAAAGCGUUCUAUUUUCAAAGUUAUUUUCUGUGGUACUCAUUAUUUUAGGGAUUUUUUCAUAAGUGCAAAUGUUCUAGCAAAGGAUAAUGAAAGGGGAACUACAAAAACUUUGAAGAUUGGAUCCAUUUCACACAGUCAUAAAUGAAUCAUAAAUAUGAAGGUACUCAUUGAAUGAUUUAACACCGAAGGAAAACAGUCAUUUCAGAGUAUAUGACAACAUCCAUGCCUUCUCUCAUUCUUAACCUAAUAAUUAAACUCACCUAAAUUAGCAUGGUUUUCUAGACUUUUGCAUGGUAGAUCUAGUUUAAGCCGAGGCUCUCAAAUCAUUGCAGUCUGCGUGGCACCAAGUUGCAAUUCAGAACAUCAGAGGAAUUAAAGUGAAUAAAAAUAAAUUUGUUAGAGGCCUUUGGAGAACAAAUGUACUUCUGCAAUUCUCUGUUGGUGUUAAUUGAAAUCUCCGUUAUUAUACCAGUGCAGUCAUUCCUGAAAUGCUGUAUUGUAAUUUAAACAGGCAAUGCUGGAAAUGCUCAGAAGGUCUGGCAGCAUCUGUGGAAACAGAAACAGAUAAUGUUUCCAAUUUAAGACACUUCUUCAGGGAGAAAGUGAAAAAAGUUAACUUUGUAUUGAGAGAAUUGGUGUGGGUGAGGGUGUGGGUGUGCAGGGUGGCUGGUGGAAUGACCAUAAUGAAGGGAAUAUCUGUUAUAUGGUGAAGCUUGGUCAAAAGGGUCAAUCGAGUUUGCUGUUCUUUGUCUGAACCAUGCAUUGCUGACUGAGACAUAAUCAGCAGGCGAGGAUAUACUAAUAGGGAGCAAAAUUGAGCUAAUUUCACAGAUGAUUGACUUACAAUGGAAAUAGCCCAUUUUGAUAGAAACCAAGAAAAUGAGUUAACUACUAAUGUGGAAUUCAACAUUGAGCCUGGAAGGCUGCAAUGUGGCUUUGUAAGAUUCACAACUAGCCUGAUCACAACACCCAAGUUUAAUAAUAGCCAGAAUGGAGAAAAGAAAAUGGAUAUAAUCUUCUUAAGGAGGCUCAUCUACCAUAUGAUACAGUAAGACCAUAAGACAUAGGAACAGAAUUAGGCCAUUUGGCCCAUCGAGUCUGCUCCACCAUUCAAUCAUGGCUGAUUCAUUAUCCCUCUCAACCCUUACUUAUUAAGAACCUAUCAACCUCUGUUUUGGACUCCACAGCUGUCUGUGGCAAUGAAUUCCACAAUGAAUUCCCCUGGCUAAAGUAAUUCCUCUUGGCCUCUGUUUUAAAAGGACAUCAUUUUAGUCUGAGACUGUGCCCUCUGGUCCUAAGCUCUCCCUCUAUCGGAAACAUCCUCUUCACAACCACUCUAUCUAGGCCUUUCAGUAAUCAAUAGCUUUCAAUGAGAUCCCCCGCACCCCCCCCCCCCAUUCUUCUGAACUCCAGCAAGUAAAGCCAUCUAAUGCCCCUGGUAUGUUAACACUUUAAUUCUUGGGAUCAUCCCUGUGAACAUCAACUGGACCCUCUUCCAUAGUUACUCAAUAGGUCCCUCUUCAAAAUGUUGUACAUGAAAACAAAACAAAAAAUUCAGAUUAUCUAUACUACUCAGGGCAAAGAAUUCUUUCACAAUCAAAGUAUAUUUACCUAAAGAAAAAUUGGAGGCAUAAUUAGCCUACUUUCCAAAGCAAAUUAAUACUGGUGAUAAGAGUUCUUAAGCUUAUUCAUUCAUGUAUGUUCUAAGCUUGUUCUGUUUAUAAAAUGCUUUCUGGAAUUCACCUUCUUGCUCCUGUGAGCAUAACUUGUGUUUAUCUCUUGAAGCAGGGAGUGGUAACCAUUGGCCAAUUGUAAAGCGCUUACUUUAAAAGUGUCAGUAGCUCUGUUGCAAAACUUAGCAGAUGAGAGAAUUCUGGACAGCAGUGGAUUGAGGUAUAAAGGUGAUUAAUAGGGUACGCACCAUAAAUAAGUCAGGCUACUAGUGAGUCAGUUUUUCAAUUUUAUGGACUUUUUUUUUUGCAAAGAACUUACAAGCAGUAAUUUGAUUCUGCAAUUCUUAUUUCUACGGAGAACAUCAGCAAAUCUGGCAUUUUUCAUAUAGUCGAGCAAUGCAAAGGCACUGUAUUUUGUAAAGCCAAUGAAACUGUACCCAAAAAGCUAACUGAAGUGCACCAACUUUUCAAGUGAAGGCCAGAGUAUUUCUAAGCUUGUUUCUAAUGAAUGACUGGUAUAGUUCAAAUUUGCCAAGGUGCCGGGAACUCCUUGCAGUCGGCUGACCACAGAAUCUGUGACUAGCACUUUAUGGCUUAAUAAUGUUCACCUUAUGUAGGUGUCUGACUACCUACCAGGAUGUGAAAAGACACUGGAAAGAACAGCAGAGUGUAUUUUAAUUAUAUAAUAAGAUGUAGUUUUAAGGACAGUAGUGUUCCAUACAUUCCAAUUCUUUUUUAAAUAAUUGAAUGAGUUAAAUGUAAAAAUUCACUUCAAGAUACAAUGCACAGUAUUUAUAUUCACCAAGGCUUUCUACAUUUAUAUAAAUGGUUUGAUAGAGGAUUCAAAUAAGAGAAACAUAAGUAGAUAUAAUUAGCUGUAGAUGUACAUUUAUUAGAGGCAUUAAAAUAAUUAGCAGCCCUUUUAACCGUCAGUUGUUAAUUCUGUUUAUUUCACACGUGUUUGUGAUAUUGUGAUUUUCUUUUUUAUUUUUCAGUACGCCGUAAAUAUGUAAAUUCAAUUUUCUUCUUUUGUGUAAUGAAGUUCCCAUGAUGGUGAAAUCAUUAAGAUGGAAUAGUCUGUUGUGUUUAUGCAUUAGUUUUGUUAAUUAUGAAGAGCACAAGAAUGGUGUGUCAUUAUUCCAAGUGUAAAUUAAAUAACGCAUCAUACGCUGCCUGCCGGCUGAUACAAUCUUUACAUGUUUGAGGUUUGUGCCUUGGCAACUUCUGGUAUGUUCAAUGUUAUAAUUUGAUCAGAAAAGUCAUCAACAUAUAUUUAUCAUUUUAAUUUGUUGAAUUACAAGACAUUUUAUAUGAAAAAGGAACCCUACAGAGAGUUGCAGAACAUAACACGUGGGAGACUUGCCCUCUCCCAUUAUGAAAUUCCAUUCAAGAUUUGUCUAAGCGUGGCAGUACUGACAGAUGACAUAAAGCAGACUUAUGUCUUAGGUUGAGAGUAAUCUAUUGGUAAAAAUUUCAAUAUCAUCUCUCACCUGCCACCGCUUAUGUGCCUCUGUAGUAUUAAUCUUUUCACAGAAAAAUUAUGCAUCAAUUGAAAGGGGUAGCUCAACGUUGUUUAAUUGUAUGUAAAAGGUGUAACGUAUAAAGAGAGUGAGGGUUGAAAUCAUCUGUUGGUGCUGUUGCUUAAAAUAAAAAUUUCAUUCUUGUCUGAUAUCAACAACAAUUUGAAUUUCAAUAGAGCUUUCACUAUAGUAAGAUACUCCUAGGCACUUCAUGGGAAUAAUAUUGAAUAAAAUUUGAUACGCUUUUGCCUUGACAAGACCAACACAGAUAAUUAUUUUUAAAGAAAUACAACAUGUCAUUUUAUUAGUGUUUUUAUUGUUUCUGUCAUUACAAUCAGCCUUCUGCAUAUAAUUGCCCAUUAUCCCUUCAUUUAGCUUAAGAACGAGCCCUUGCAUCUGUUAUAUCAAAUCACAAAUUCAAUGUAACUCCUCACAUGAUUUGCACUCAACACACAAAGCAAUAGCUAAUGUUUCAUUCACAACUCUUUAAGAAUUCCAUAUAUCUGAUUAAAUAUCCUAUUUUAUACAGUAGAUUAUGUACAGAAUAAUUCUUUCAGAUAGGUGUUAUUUAUUUUUACUGUUUUGUAAGUUAGACAAUAUACUGUAUCUCUAAUGGCCAGAAUUAUCGGAAAGUGCCUCUUGGUAAACUGUAUAGUACAGAAUAUAUAAAUACUUAUUCAAUAUUUUAGAAACGUCUGUUGCUAACUGAAAAAUGUAGAUGUUUUAAUGCAAAGACAGUUGUACAACAUGAAAUUAAUUCUGUGG